AUGGAUAAGCUCUUCUCGCUGGAAACCACUUACAAAGAGACAAUCAGGGAGUAUACCGACAGAUGGCACAGGAUUUGUCAAGCCAUAGGAAAUGUGGAUCCAGUGGUCAACAUCAACUGUUACAAAUGGGGAUUGGAUAAGAUGAGCCCGUUAUUUGUGGAGAUCCAUGGAAGUUUCCCUAAGACAGAAGGAGACCUUCGAGUAAUCAUUGAAAAGCACGCCAGGCUAGAAGAGAUCCAGCGGGAAAAUCCUAGGGCCCAAGCUCAAAGAUCUCAUCGAACUAACUUUUUAGAACAAGCCAGCGGAUCAAAGAGGGGCGGUUCAGCUGAAAUUCGAAGAGGACGAAGGGAUGACCGUCGGCGUGACGGUCGGAAAUUCGAAGAUCAAGUCUUCACGAAGCUGAACAAAAACUACACCCGCAUUCUGAGGAAGAUCAAAGGCAGAGAAAACCUUGAGUGGCCAUGGUCCAAAGGCAAGCAGCCUCCUAGGUCUGAAAAAUCAAGAGAUUACUGCGAAUAUCACUGUUUCAAUGGCCACCAGACCGAGAAGUGCAAGAAUCUCAAGAUAAUGAUCCAAAAGUUGAUUGACGCAGAUGACUUCAAGCAGUACAUACAGAAGGUAGAUAACGAAGAUAGGACCAAGCGAAGCAAGCAAGUUCAACUGCCAGAGGGAAACCAAACACUCAACACCAUCUCAUGUUCCGAAGCUUCAGGACCCUCGCUAACAGCACAGAUAGGGAAAAGGUUAAGGAAACAAUUUGAAGACUACUGUGAAUUAUACAAAAUCGAUGGGGUAGAAGUGGACGAGCAUGAGCAAUGGAUGAACGCGCCCAUGACCUUCGAUGCAGAAGACAUUGAGGAAGAUGUGGAAGAUCACAACGACCCCAUGGUCCUUACCUUACUAGUGGCAGGGUGCAAUAUCAAGAAGAUCCUCAUUGAUGGAGGGAGUUCAGUUAAUGUUCUAUUCUACGACACAUUGAAACGAAUGGAUCUUAACGAUGAACAGCUGAUGUCUUCGUAUUAUACCAUCUACGGAUUCAAUGGGGCACCUACAAAGCCGUUAGGAGACAUCGUUUUGCAAGUGUAUGCAGGACCAAUGAAAGUAGAUACUCGAUUCAGUGUAGUAGACGCUCCUUCCACCUAUAACGCCAUCAUUGGCCGAAGAUGGGUGCACAAGCUCAAAGGAGUAGCAGCGACUUAUCAUCAGUAUCUUAGAUUUCCAACACCCGAAGGGGUAAUGGAAAUAAAGGAAGAUCAGGUCACAGCUCGGGAAUGCCAAGCUAUGCAAAACCAGCUCAACAACGAACAAGAUGAGCAGCGGAAAUCUCGUAGAGCCAGAAACAAAGAGGCCGCGAAAGAGAAGGAAAUUGAUCUUUAUCUUGAAGAAGAGUCUGGAAGGAGCCUGACGAAGGAGAGUAUCGUUCUAAACACUGAGGCAAGUACUUCGACAGCUAAGGAAGCUGAAGAGCCUACCAAAUAG